AUGGUAGAGACUGUUAGCUUCGAUCACUUCCAAGUCCUGCGAGCGAUCGGAAAAGGCAGUUUCGGCAAGGUGUGUAUCGUGCAGAAGAGAGACAGCAAGCAGAUGUUCGCCAUGAAAUACAUGAACAAGACGCAGUGCGAGGCGAGGGACGCUCUGAGCAACGUCUUCAGGGAGAUUGAGAUUCUGGCAUCGCUCAGUCACCCUUUCCUGGUCAACCUCUGGUUCAGCUUCCAAGAUGAGGAAGACAUGUUCAUGGUCGUCGAUCUUCUUCUGGGAGGCGAUUUGCGCUACCACGUGCAACAGGGCGUGCAAUACACAGACGAUGCGGUGCGACUCUACAUCCUGGAGGUGGCGGCGGCGCUCCAGUAUCUUCACAACAGGAGUAUUAUCCACAGGGACAUCAAGCCUGACAACUUGCUGUUAGACGAAGAAGGCCACGUGCACCUGACUGACUUCAACAUCGCCACCGUCCUGCGCGACGACCAGCUCGCGACGUCGAUGUCAGGCACCAAACCAUACAUGGCUCCCGAGGUGUUCGAAUGCGCGGCAGACACCUGCGACGGCUACAGCUUCCCCGUCGAUUGGUGGUCUCUAGGGGUGACAGCCUAUGAAGUUAGACGGGGAAAGCGCCCUUACGACAUUCAUUCCAACACGUCACUCCAUGAGAUUCGCCUUAUGUUCCUGCAGAACCCGAAGUUCCCCGUCGACUGCCACCCCGGGCUCGUGCAUCUCAUAUCAAGGCUGCUGACCAUCUCGCCCGAGAAGAGAAUCAGCAGCAUAGACGAGAUCCUGGCGCUGCCCUACACGUCCAGCGUCUGCGUGGACACCCUCCUGAAGAAGAACUACAAGCCUUCUUUCACGCCUCCGAAGGACCACCUGAACUGCGACCCGACCUUCGAGCUCGAGGAGAUGAUCAUCGAGUCGCGGCCUUUGCACAAGAAGAAGAAGCGGCUCUCGAAGCAGAAGAGCAUCCGGGAGACGCACACCUCCAUCUCGGGCACCACGGAGGGCGAGGCCGUGGUCUACGAAGGGAUGCUGGUGUUUAACAGGGAGCAGGAGGAGGCGAGGCGCGAGAGGGAGAAGAGGGAGCUGGAGUGGCAGGCGGAGCUGGAGGAGUCCAUGAAGAAGUCAGACCCGACAGGCCAUGGAUGUGGCUUCACGGGCUCGACCACGGGGACUCCAGUGCGACACAAGAACCAAGAGCAGAGCCAAGGACAAGAGAGGAAGAAAACUGGCGAAGGGAACACGCCUCCGUCGCCCACCGUGUCCUCGCCGACGGAGAGAGCGCCGCUGCCCAAGAUCGCCGUUUCGCCGUCCAACGUGCGAGCGAGGAUUGCCGGGUCGCCCAAGGUGAAGGUUCGGGGGUCGACUGUCACCAUCGAGUCUCCCAGGUCUUCGUCUAGCCUCACCAAGAGCAGCACACAACAGCUAAAGGAGCGGCUGAGGGAGCUGAAAGCGGACCAGCGGCGUCACGGCGGCUCGGGGUCCGACUCCGACUUCUCCGACCUGACGCAGAGCGACGACCUGACCAUAACCGGCAGGAGAUCGCCAGGGAAGUCCGCGGGCAAGUCGCUCAGAGCCUCCAAGCGCGACUCUGAGAGCAGAUCGCCGAGCAAGUCUCCGAGUCGCACGCCGGUCCUGUCCCGCAAGAAGGAGGCGGAGAGAGAUGCCUCAAAGGGCCAGGAGGAGGAUGGAGGAUCCGAGAACCUCCUUGGCUGCGAAGGAGGCGGAAAGGAAGGGGCGAGAACUGCGCCCUGCGCUCGACCCGUCUCUUUACCAGACGAAAUCAGCCACGAGCCCCAGAUCAGCACCACGAGCGUUUCUGCCCCGACGUCGACUUUCCACACGACCAGCGGCUCUCAAGUGGACCAGACCAGAGGCUCGCUGGGAAGGCAGUCCUCCGACGCCUCUCAGGAGCACGGCAGCGCGCUUCAGAAGCCCUCGCUGCCCCCCUCCUCCGGCAGAGAGACAGAAUCACAGCCCCCCCUCGCGGAGCCACUCGCCAACACCAAGGGGAACCUUCGGGAGGCGCUGACCAACGGAUCCGUGAAGGCGGGGCAGGUCCCGAGCGCGCAGCUGGACUUCAAGAGCGACUGCGAGCGCAUUCAGGUCCCCGCCACAGGCCAGGGAAGGCGGCACUCCAUGGAGCCCAAGAAGAGCCCGACGCCCCACGGGAAGCGCUCGGCUGAGACCCGGCGAAGUUCCUCCGUCACCUGCAAACACGACCGCGACGCAAGAAAGAUUUCAGAGUUGCGCAAGGCCGCGUCGGUCUCCAAAGGAAGCGUCGGCAAGGAGACCAGAGAAGCACUCAAGAAUAUAAGCUAUUAACCAUUCAUAUUAGCUAUGGUAUACACAAACAAGGUGACGAGUGGGGUGGGGGGGGUGAAACGCCGUCAACCGAUGACGCGAUAACGGAGAAACAUCAUGUGUAUGAUUUUGUUGUUAUCUUCUCUUCAUGUGAUCGUCUCAUUCCUUAUGUACUUAUCUUGGUUACAUUCACCUGAAUUGCCUAAGUCGAGCUUGUUAGACACGUGCAUCAGGAUUGAUAUUCAAAGUUGACAUCACGUUUGAUCUUUGUGCAAUAACCAGUAUGUGUGUUAAAUGACAUAUAUACGAAUACUUAAAAUCAACAUUUAUGAUAGUAACCAGAUCUAUAUUUAUGUACAGAUGUUUGAACAAAAGAUUGUAUUAAAUAAGUUCAUUGCUUUUUUUAACGUUUCAAGAUUCUAAAGAGUGUGCAAUGUCUUGAAUGUAAUAGGCCAGCUAUAAAUUGUAAAAUUACAUUCAUACUGUAAAUAGACUACUGGCGGAAAGGCAGGAUGGUGUUACUUAAAAGUGCCAUGUAUGACAGGAACAAAGAUUAAGAUUUUCUUUUGAUUUUCAGGUACAAAUUAUAAUCCUAAUGUUGCCGCAUACACCCCGAGUAAAGCGAACUAGUGAUAGACCUAUAUAACUGAGUGAUCAUCUGUUGUCAACUUAUUAUCACUGCAAAUGCAACAAUAUACUAGUGAUGUUAGCUCUCAGCAUAAUAAUCUUGUUUUGUUGUGACUGACUUGAGAUAUUUUAUAUACUUGUGUCAAAUUUAUACUCUGAACAUAUGAGUCUUACACAUUUUAAUGUUCUUUAUCUGUGGUAACCAAUGCUUUAUAAUGUUUAAGGAUUAAAAGUGCCAAAUCAUAA